AGCUUACCAAGUCGAAAGAUCCCUCAUUCCUCUGUAAGCCCCAGUGUGACUCACAAUUUCUCCUUUGGCUAGCUAACUCGGACUGAGGAGUGUUGGACUGACUCACCCCCAAAUCCCACCGUCGAUUUUGCUUUCCUCCGAGUCCGACUCGGUGAAUUCGCUGAAGGUGAUAUUCUUCAGCACCAACAGCAUGAUCAGCAAUGAUAUAGUUUAAUCUGAAGGAUGGAAGAAGUUUGUCUCAAUAGCGAGCCAGUUUUCGAUGAAGGUGAUGAGUAUGACGUUGAAGGAGACUGCACUCUGGUGGAACAUGAUGAUGAAACUGGGGAAACACAAUUGAAGAAGGAACCCCCAUCGCCAACUGUGGGUUUGGAGUUCGAUUCUUUUGAUGAAGCUUAUGAUUUUUACAAUAUGUAUGCUAAACAACAGGGUUUUGGCAUCAGAGUGAGCAAUUCAUGGUUUAGAUCAAAGAAAAAAGAGCGGUAUAGAGCAAAACUUAGCUGCAGUAGUGCUGGUUUUAAGAAAAAGAGUGAAGCCAACAAUCCAAGACCGGAAACAAGAACAGGUUGUCCUGCAAUGAUAGUCAUCAGACUGGUGGACUCCAAAAGGUGGAGAAUAGUUGAAGUUGAGCUUGAACACAACCAUCAAGUGAGUCCCCAAAUCAAACGGUUUUAUAAGUCGCAUAAAAAGAUGAUUCUUGCUGCCAAAAAGGCACAACCAUCUCCAGAGCCUGUUACAGAAGUACAUACCAUUAAGCUGUACCGAACAGCUGUUUUGGAAGCUGACCAUAUUGGAUACUCAAAUUUCAAUGAAGGUAUUAAUCCUGUUGAUAACUCAAAACAUUUGGAACUUAAAGAAGGUGAUGCUCAUGCAGUUUAUAACUACUUUUGUCGCAUGAAGUUGACAAAUCCAAACUUCUUUUACUUGUUUGAUCUUGAUGAUGAUGGGCGCCUGAGAAAUGUGUUUUGGGCUGAUGCCAGGUCCAGGGCUGCAUAUGGUUACUUUUGUGACACAGUUGCAAUAGACACGACAUGCUUGGCCAACAAAUAUGAGAUCCCGCUGAUUUCUUUUGUUGGUGUGAAUCAACAUGGGCAGUCUGUGUUGUUGGGUUGUGGCUUCCUUGGACAUGAGUCAGUAGAGUAUUUUGUUUGGAUUUUGAGGGCAUGGCUUAAAUGCAUGCUUGGAUGCCCUCCGCAAGUUAUUAUUACUGAUCAGUGUAAACCCUUGCAAACUGCAGUCUGUGAGGUUUUCCCUAAUGCUCAUCAUUGUUAUUGUAUGUGGUAUAUCAUGCAGAGAGUUCCAGAGAAGUUGGGAGGAUUGAAGGGAUAUGAAGCAAUCAAAAGACAACUGAACAAAGCAGUGUAUGAUUCAUUGAAGAUAGCUGAGUUUGAAACUUCUUGGGCUGACAUGAUCAAGCAGCAUGGACUAGGGGAUAAUAAGUGGCUUCAAACAUUGUAUGAAGACAGGCAAAUGUGGGUUCCAGUUUACUUGAAAGACACAUUUUUUGCAGGAAUGAUUCCUAUCCGAGAAAAUGAGGGCUUGAAUGCUUUUUUUGAAGGUUAUGUACAUAAGCAUACAUCUUUUAAAGAAUUUGUUGAUAAGUAUGACCUGGCUCUACAUAGGAAGCACCUCAAAGAAGCCAUGGCAGAUCUGGAGUCAAGAAAUUCAAGCUUUGAAAUGAAAACAAGAUGUAAUUUUGAGCUGCAAGUCUCUAAGGUGUAUACAAAAGAAAUUUUUAAGAGAUUCCAAUCUGAGAUGGAGGGGAUGUACUCCUGCUUCAACACAAGGCAGGUGAAUGUUAAUGGGCCUAUAAUAACGUACAUAGUCAAAGAACGUGUUGAGGUUGAGGGAAAUGAGAAGGAAGUUAAAUAUUAUGAGGUUUUGUAUGAGACAACGCAGGUGGAUAUCCGCUGUAUUUGCAGUUUGUUCAACUAUAAAGGUUAUCUAUGCCGGCAUGCAUUGAAUGUUCUUAAUUAUAAUGGUGUCGAAGAAAUCCCAUCUCGCUACAUUCUGCAACGUUGGAGUAAAGACUUCAAAUGCAGGUAUCUUCUAGACAAUAAGUCCGGUAAUAUUGAUGCAUAUAAUCCAAUGCACUGGUAUAAUCAUCUGCAUAAAUGUGCUCUUCCAAUUGUUGAAGAAGGGGCACAAUCUCAAGAACAUUAUAAGAUUGCGUUGCUAGAAUUGGAGGAAUUGUUAAACAAGUUUAAUAAUGUAGCAAAUGACUUUGUAUGACAGAACGUUAAGGUGCAGGAUUUAAGAAAUACCAAAGUCUUUAUUAUAAACCAGUGCCCA